AUGGAGGGUCGGGAUUUUCAGGUGGAUGGGGUUUCUAUGUAUAAACUGUAUGCUAAGCUCAAAUCUAUGAAAGUUGUGCUAAAAGUUCAGAACCUGUCUUGCUUUGGGAAUCUUAAACAGAAAAUUAUGGAGGCUUGUGAGAAUUUGGAUAUGGCUCAAAAGGAUGUCAUUGCUAAUUUUGGGAGAGCUGAUUGCUUGCUUAAAGAGAGAGAAUGUCUUCAUGCUUAUAAUGCUAAGAACACUGUCACUCAUUUGUGGGAUGAGAAAGGAAAUAGAGUGGAGGAUGUGGAGCAGAUCAAACAGAUGGCUAUCCAGUUUUAUGAGAAGUUGUUAUGUGAUAAGGCUGCUAUUUUGGAGAAGGAGGUUACUGCAGAAGAGAUAAGGGAAACUUUGUUUCACAUGCCAGCCAACAAGGCCCCUGGUCCUGAUGGGCUCUCUGCAGAGUUCUUUAAGGCCUCUUGGUCUAUUGUUGGAGAAGGGGUGGUGGCAGCUAUUAAGGGGUUUUUUGCUUCUGGCAAAUUGCUUAAGGAGGUUAAUGCCACUAUUUUAACUUUGGUACCUAAGAAGGUGAAUCCAUCUACUAUGGGGGAUUUCAAACCUAUAGCUUGUUGCAGGAAGGGGCUUAGGCAGGGGGAUCCUUGUUCUCCUUACUUGUUUGUUUUAGCCAUGGAGGUGUUUUCAAGGAUUAUAGUUGAGCACACUGGUGUUGGAUCAGGUUUUCAGUUUCAUCCCAAGUGUGUGAAGUUGAAACUUACUCACUUAUGUUUUGCAGAUGAUCUUAUUUUUUCUACAGCAACUUUGAAUGCUAUCACUAUUGUUAAAGUUGCUUUACUUGAAUUUGAAGAACUCUCUGGUUUGAAAGCUAAUCUUUUUAAGAGUUCUUUCUUUUGCUCUGGGAUUUCAGAUAGAGUGAAACAUGUGUUGUUAGGAGAGUUGGGGAUGAAUGAGGGCCAUCUUCCUGUUAGGUACCUUGGGGUACCUCUCAUUUCUACCAAACUUUUUGCAGCUGAUUGUGGGGCUUUGUUGGAUAGGAUUACUGGGCUCAUUGACUCAUGGCUUUCUAAGCACUUAUCCUAUGCAGGGAGGCUCCAAUUAUUAUCUUCUGUGCUUUACAGUUUGCAAGUUUAUUGGACUGGUAUCUUUAUUCUGCCUAAGAAGGUCAUUCAGGCUAUUGAACAGAAAUUCAAUAGGUUUUUGUGGAAUGGGAAGACUGAAGGGUCUGCAAAGGCUAAGGUUUCUUGGCAAGAGCUAUGUUAUCCUAAGAAGGAAGGAGGUUUGGGUUUGAAACAGUUGGAGAUUUGGAACCAAUUUGCUAUGCUCAGACAUGUAUGGAGUCUGUUUGCUAGAUCAGGUAUUCUGUAUGAGGUUUAUGGGCAUAGGGCUGUUUAUGAUGCUAGAAGCACUGUGGAGGCCAAACUCUCUUCUGUAAUUCUUAAUGGAGAAUGGCAUUGGAGACCAGCUAGAUCUGAUGCUCUGGUUGAAAUCCAAGCUAGGCUUCCUGAGAUUAGGUUUGCUCCUUAUGAUAAUCCUUUGUGGACUGCAUCUAGGAAGGGAAUAUAUGUUAGUUCAGAAACUUGGGAGCUGCUGAGAGAGAAGAAAGAGGAGAUUGCCUGGUGGAAAUUGGUUUGGUUCUCAUAUGCCAUUCCUAAGCAUGCUUUCAUUUUGUGGCUUACUAUACAAGAUAGACUUGUAACAGGUUCUGUUAUCUACAAUUUAUGGCGCACUAGGAAUGAGCUAAAGCAUUCUGGUCAGCCUAGCACUGAGGAGCAGCUUUUGAAGAAGAUAAUUUGGGAGGUGAGGUCAAGACUUGCUGGGAAGGGAAAGUUCCCAAGGACUAGAGAGAAUUUGGUUUUAGCUUCUUUGUGGAAUCUGCCUGCUGACUUGCUGUUAUAG